UAUAGGUAGUGCACCUACUACAUCGAUGACAAAUGUGCAAGCAACCACUGCUGUCCAGCAAUAAUAAGACUACGAUGGCGGCAAAUAAAACCGCACAAUGUUUCUCCAGACAGUUUACUUCUAUUGCUUCAUCACUAAUUUCAACGGUCUCCUGUCGUAACAUACGACCACCAGUCACAAGUCUUUCCAGGUUGAUUCACGUAGCAACACCCAAAGUCAAUAUGGCGGACAAGUUGUACAUCUCCGAGACCCCCGAUGAAGUCAAAAAUGCCAAGGGGCUCCAUCUCCUUACCAUGAACACGCCAAACGGGCAAGCUGUUCAGAUCUUCCUAGAGGAGCUGGCUCAGGAGUACAAAACAGAGUGGACAACUACUUUAAUUGAUAUCAGUACCAACGAGCAGAAGAAAGAAUGGUUUCUCCGACUUGAUCCCAAUGGUCGUAUCCCGGUGCUCAUUGACAACAGCCAGAAGCCUCCAUUCACAGUCCAUGAGACCUCAGCCGAACUCUUGUACCUUGAAAAGCUCGUCGACAAGGACGACAUCUUCGGCUUUAAGGACCCGCUUGAGCGAAACGAGGCCCUUCAGUGGCUUUUCUUCUGGCAUGGCUCUGGUGCCCCGUACCAGGGACAGACGAACCACUUUACUAGACAAGCCCCUGAGAAGAUUGAAUACGCUAUCAAUCGAUUUAGAAACGAGACACUCCGUGUCUACGGUGUUCUAGAGAUCCGUCUCUCUGGCAAGUACACCGGUGAGCCAAGGGAUUAUCUCGCCGGCAAGGGCACAGGCAAGUACUCGAUAGCAGAUAUCAAGACUUGGCCGUGGAUCAAUCUAUGGGAGAGAAGCGGCUUCACUCAUGAAGAGAUGAAGUCGUUCCCACAUUUGCUCAAAUGGGUUGACAGAAUCGCUGCACGCAAGGCUGUACAGCAGGGCAUCGGCAAAGCCUACAUCAAAAACUAGCCUGGUAGCCUAUGGCUUAAUCAGAUGUAUAUGUAUCGUGGGGCAGUUUGGUAUUGCGUUGCUAUUAAGUAAUGUUACAGGUUUUAUAGCUGUAUCUCGAGGUCCAUCUGCAGAGCGUGUUGCUCUGUCGCAUCAAAUCCUUCA